UGAGUCAUCUCUAGGAAGUGCGGUGAAAAAAGGAAAAGAAAAAAAAGUUAGAACUGUUCCGUGAACAGCAGAGAGCUCAGUUAGAGUGUGUAGACGGCAAAGAGACGGAAAAUACUCAGAAGAUUAGCCAGGCAAUAGGCUUUAAAGCGAGCGUUAACCUGCGUGAGUCACUCUGUAACUACAGGUUCACUUGUCUCAGCUGGAUUUGACUGCUGAAGGUGUGCUACUGACUGUAGGUUCAAGUCCUCACCUGAGGAUCUCUGCUAGUGUAGUUUAGGUUUACCUGCGGCGGAAGAAAAAUAAAAGCACAAUAACUAAUAGCCUUUACCAGCAGGGAUACCAGUACAUCUAUAAUAACUGAUCGUAUCAGUGAGAUGUGUUAGGUUAGUUUAGUGAAGCAUAUUUGCACUUUGUCGUUGCCAACUUUUUCUGGAUAUCCAAAAUUAACAGCGUUUCGAGUCAGAGGAUUUUUUUUCUGGUGCCUUUUCAGUGCGAGGAUUUAAAAGAAAGGGUUUCAGCAGAGCUCAAACAGUCUACUGAAAUCCCCCACUUUCCUGGAUCAUGUACCAGGACUACUCCGGGAACUACGACACCUCGUCUCGCGGCAGCAGCACAUCUCCGGCCCAGCCAGAGUCCUUCACAAGCGGCAGCAGCACGAUCGGAAGUCCGAUCUCUACCUCAAGCUACCAGAAGUACAGGGUCGACAUGCCCGGCUCCAACAGUGCCUUUAUACCCACAAUCAAUGCAAUCACGACCAGCCAAGACCUGCAGUGGAUGGUCCAGCCCACAGUUAUAACCUCCAUGUCCAACCCUUACUCCCGUUCCCACCCGUAUGGCCAUCACCUGACCAACGGCCCGGGGCUGCUGGGACACCACAACACGUUGGCUCGGCCCGGGGUCAUCCGCUCCAUUGGGGACGCCAGGGGCCGACGCAAGAGGGACGAGCAGCUCACACCAGAGGAAGAGGAGAAAAGGAGGGUGAGGCGCGAGAGGAAUAAGUUAGCCGCUGCCAAAUGCCGCAACCGAAGGCGAGAGCUCACAGAUAUGCUGCAAGGGGAGACGGAGAAGCUGGAGGAGGAGAAGGCCGACCUGCAGAAGGAGAUCGAGAGCCUGCAGAAGGAGAAAGACAAGCUAGAGUUCAUGCUGGUCGCCCACAAUCCCGUGUGCAAGCUCCCCAUCGACGAGCGCCACCAGCAAUCGGGCCACCAGCAGCACCAUCAUCAGCAGCAGCAGCAUCAUCAUCAGCAGCAGCAGCAGUGCGCCCCCCUUCCCCUGACCAUGCGCCCCAACAUGGGCCCCCGCGCUCACAUGAACCACGUGGUGGUGAAGCAGGAGCCCGAUGACGACGAGGUGGUGGGCAAGUCGCAGCGCUCCGUCAUCAAGCCGAUCUGCCUCGGCGGCGGCGGAGUCGGUGGCGGGAUGUACUGCAUAGACGGAGACAGCCUGAACACACCGGUGGUAGCGGCGUCCACCCCGGCCGCCACACCCAACGCCCCCCCCAGCCUCAUAUUCACCUACCCGAGCAUGCUGGAGCCCGACAGCCCCUCACCCUCCUCCGAGUCCUGCUCCAAGGCCCACCGGCGCAGCAGCAGCAGCGGGGACCAGUCCUCAGACUCCCUCAACUCCCCUACCCUCCUCGCCCUCUGAGUGAGACACAAACACUGUGGCUGAAGGCAUCAUGAGGAUCCACCGCCCCCCCCCCCCCCCCCCCCCCCCCCCCUCCAGUGUCUUUUAAAGACUUAAGAGCACAUUCAACAGUCCAGACCAAGCUGACAGUGUGAGCCGUUUCCCUCUCUUACAGGGAGACCCACAAGGGCUACGCCAUGUGUUUGUUCCUGUUCUGCUUCAGUGUAAAAUGUUCUUUUUUUUGUUUUUUUGUAAAAGCGUGUGUACCGAUCCCAACGAGUGUCAUCCCUUUGCCAUUUCAACACCAGAGUGUCAACUUGUUUACUGAGCAGACGAUUUUUUUUUAAAGAAAGUACAUGCCUGAAAUCUGGCAAAAAAAAUUGUGAGUUGAUGUGACUGACUACAACUAGAGAGUGCGUUCUUAAUAUAUAUAUAUAUAUAUAUUUUUUGAAAAUGUUUAAAAAGCCAUGCGGCCGACACUUGCACUCCGCCAAGACGAAUCAAUAAAUCACUAAACGAGGUCUGCGAGGAGAGAAAGAGACAAUGAGCAAAAGACUUCCUCUCUGCGUUUUUUUUUCCUUUUGAGAUUUUUGGACCUUGAUUCAGGAACCGUUACUACGAGUGUGUACACAUUUCUAAUGCUAUUUCCAUCUCUUUAAUUGUAUUUAUGGCCUGUGCUGAUUACAUUUUUAUAAAGUGUUUCGUUGACGACAUCAUCCUCUCCUUUAUCUGCCUGUAGAAAAAGCAAAACAGUCGUCCUGCACAGGGCGACCGAAGCACUCCUCAGUGUUGCAAAGGAUACGAGCCAACGUCUAAUCAAUGACUAGUUCCUCAAUACUCUAUACCUUCUAUUUUUGCCAUAGUGGCUUUACAGUAGUGUUGGUGUGCUUUUCCUCAGUGACUCUGUACCUGAACUUUACAACCUGUUUAUGACAAAGUGUAUGUGAUUUACAUUGAUGUCAGGGAUAUCUCUCAUGUGUAGUAGAACCCCCAUCGUGAAGAGUGGUGCAGGACUGUCGACUGGUCUACUCCCCCCCCCCCCACAAGUGUUGCAGAGGUGGUACGCAAAGUUGUCUAUCGCUUAAGUGUGUCACAUUAAGAAGGUUUUGUCUUUUUUUUUUUUUUUUUUUACUGCUUAGACGAUGGUUUGAAGAAACCCCUCCUGACACUGGAUUCUGUCCUUUUUUAAUAUAAAUAAAGGUCUAACCUUUUCAACACUGCCACUCAGCGCGGGUCAGGUUCCAAAAAAAAAAAAGCCAAAAAAGGAUUUGUGUGACACGUGUAAUCCUGUAAUUCAAACGUCUUUUUUUUUUAGGAGGGAUUUUUAGCUCAAAUUUGAAAAAAGCCGCUGUGGUCUAGACUGUCGCCAGCAGCCAAUGAUGUCAACCCUGUUUAUACUGUGUUUUGUAAAUCUGUCACUUUUAGUAAAGAAACAUGAAAUUCAACUCAGAUGUGCUGAUUUAUGGCUGUGUGAACAUUCGUCGACAUGGAGGUACUCAGUAAAAAGGAAGUCUUUGAAACACGGGCCAGACACGGUUGACUUUUGUGUCGAUAAGGAAGGGAAUACUCUCUGUACAGCUGGCCUGACAUGAAAGAGGGGAGAAUAUUUCUGAGGUUCUAUGAAGCAUUUCUUUUGCAUUUUUUUAUUUUCAUUUUUGCAUAUCUUAAAGGGAUGAGGGUUUUCAAUACCGUGCACUGAGAGGGACAUAAUGGUGAUAUUUGGGAGUUGUUUUUUGUUUACUUCAAACAUUCCUAAUAAAUAAAAUGUCAGGGGAAGAAGUGUUAUCAGAGGAAUUCAAGUUGUUAUUGGAAGAUCUUAUGUUGUGCUGGAUGUAGAAAAAAAAUUGGACUUUUUGCCAUUCAAUACAAUCUGCUGCUACUUUGGAAAGAACACGUCAGCUGUUUAUCGUUUGAUGGUGUUUGGGUUUUACAUCACCGGGUUGUGAUAAGAGAAUAUUUCAUCCUGACAUAAAGAGGUAACCAAAAAAACACAAGUGUGGGCGAGUCUGAUGUGUCUGUAUGUUGGAAAGAAAGCGAAGCCCCUGGACACACGUAGGAAAGCCAUUGACUGUAGAUCUUCUGCUGUACAUGUCAUCUACUGUCUGUCGCCUGUUUUCAACUAUUCCUUCUUUCUUCCAAAUGCUUUAACUGUUUCAAAUGAUUCAAAAUUAAUUAAAAAAAACAGCAAUAUGUAUAGCAGUGUUUGUUAAUUUAAAUGAAUAAUAAUAAUAAUAAAAAUAUCAUUUUCAA